AUGGAUAAAGAUUUAGAAGAUGGUCUUUUAGAAAGAAUUUUUAUGUUUCAUGCAAUUGAAAAUAAUGCACGACUAGAUGGUAGAAGUAAUGAAUGUUACCGUUCACCAGAAAUAUUUCUAGGAAUAAAUGAAAAUUGUCUAGGAUCUGCAAGAUGUACGAUGGGUGGAUCUGAUGUUAUGGUUGUCAUAAAACCUGAUAUAUAUAAAUUAACACGAGAACCUACUUGGGAAGAUUUUAUUAAAUUUUAUGUAACAUGUUCUCCUGUUGCUCAUCCUAAAUAUGAUGAUGUUGGAGAUGAUAAUGAUAUUGAAGGAGAAGAGGUAUCAGCAACUGAGGAAAGUAUUAUGGUGAAUGCUUUAAUGGCUAUGUUUUCCUCUAUCAAAGAUGAUAUGGAUUUUUCAAACUUUAAAAUUUCUAAAAAACAUAUAUGGACAUUUAUUGUGGAUGUUGUUGUCCAUGCCGACAAUGGUGGAGUAUUUGAUUGUAUGGCAAUUGCUGUUAGAGCUGCAUUUGCAGAUAUUCAAGUACCAUCUGUUAUUUCAACAAUGAUUGACUAUGGUGAAGUUAGUUUAGAAAUAGAUAGUAAUGUAACAUUUUGGGGAUGUAAAUGGGAUCUUUGGCCAUUAAUUUGUACAACAAAUAAAUUAGGUUUUGAAAAUCUUGUUAAUUGUAAUAGAUAUGAAGAUAAAUAUGUUAAAAGUUUACUAAUGAUUGGAUUAAAGCAUGAUGAAGUUAAAGAUGAUGACACAAUAGAUUAUGAAGAAAUGAACUAUGAUAUCUCAAAAAAUAUAUUUUAUGCUAAAUUAAGAAAAGAAGGAGGAUUACAAAUAUUAAGUAUUGAUGAUAUGACAGAUCUUGGAGUAAAAGUUGUUCUCAAAAUGUUUUCAGAAGUUGAUAAAUUAAUUAGAGAUUGUUUAAAGAAAAAAGCUACAAAAUCUAAUGUUGUAUCUAAUCGUAGUAUAACAUAUGUAUAA